AUGAUGGACACAACUCCAUGCAAAUCAGUGGAAUGUCCAUUUUGCAGGAAAAAAUUUGCCUCCAAAAGUACAUAUGGAAGACACCUUGAUUCAAAACGGGCUGAUUCUCUCCAUCCAGCUGAGGAAGUGGAUGCGCUACGAAAGAACGUGGUGAGACGAGGUGAGAGAGGAUCGGACGAGGUCAGACAAGAAAAGCAGAAAAUAGCCAAACAAAAGGCGUCUCGUGCCUAUAAUCUGAAAGAUGAUGUGAAGGAGCGGAACAAAAGACGCAGAAAAGAACGAGAUGUUCGUAUCAAGGCAAGUCUAAAGGCGUACGCUUGGUACACCAGUAAACUAGCGAAGAGUGAGAUGAAGGAGCCAGUUACGUUUUUGGAGAUGGUAGCAGUAUACUUACCUGUGAGCCAAUGGCCCAAGCCUGGAGAAUAUCCUGGAGAAAGCGAGCUCCAGAAGCUAUUGGCGACAUUGGUGGGGAAGUCUUCAGCAGAUGGAGUAUUUGGAGCCUGGGACGCAUGGAAGAGAAGUGAAGGAGAUAAGGAGAAGAAAUGGCGAGAUACUAGCAAUAAGAUGCUUCAAGAAACAUUGCAAAACACGAGUUUGUGGGAAAUUGUACGUUGUCAGCAGUUGAUCAAUGAGAAGUGUAAAGAGGGAGUCGAGAACUUACAAGGAGGAUUCCUUGACAUGUUAAUGAGUGGAGAAGAGAGUCAGGAUAUGAUAGAAUAG